AUUUGCUAAUUUUGGGAGGUCACCAACUCAUUUUCUUUGACUAUCAAGACGACGAUGGUAUUUGGUAUGGUCUUAAAGCAUGUUUCAAGGAAACCAGAAGGGGCUAUCAUUGAAGUUUUGUUUGUUUUGUUCUCGUAUUUUCUGAGCUGAAGCUGAUUUGAUUUUCACAAGAGAGACAUAGAUGGCUGGAAGGAAUGGGGAAAAGAAAGAAAACAGCGUAGCAGUUGCCAUAGACAAGGAUAAAAGUAGCCAACAUGCUCUCAAGUGGACGGUUGAUCAUCUUCUCACCAGGGGACAGGCUCUUACGCUUCUGCAUAUUAAACAAAACCUUUCAUCCAUCCCCACCCCAUGUGGAAACCAAGUCUCCAUCAAUGAGGUCAAUGACGACGUUGCGAACAUGUAUAGCAAGCAAAUUACCAACCAAGCCAAAUCGCUGUUCCUUCCAUUUCGUUGCUUCUGCACAAGAAAGGAGAUAAAAUGCAACGAAGUUGUCGUGGAGAAAAUGGACGUUGCCAAAGGAAUAAUAGAAUACGUUACCACAAAUGCAAUUGAGAUUCUGAUACUUGGUUCAUCAUCGAAGGGAGGCCUUGUCAGAAAAUUCAAGACCACAGAUAUUCCAGGUAAUGUGUCCAAAGGAGCGCCAGGCUUCUGCUCUGUAUAUGUCAUCAGCAAAGGAAAGAUCUCAUCGGUGCGAUCUGCUAGUGGUCCACUACCUCCAAAACACUCCAUUCAAACUCAAAUGCAGAGCAGGGAUACAGUUGAAACCCUUUUCAAGUCUAGCCUAGGUCCCAGAGUACCAGAGAGGUCACCAUAUACCCUGCAAGGCCUUCAAGAAGAUAUGGAAAUCAAGUCACCAUUCACUAGAAGAGGUGGAAUCGCCAAAUAUGAGCCCUCCACUCCAGAUUCUGACAUAUCAUUUGUAAGCAGUGGAAGGCCAAGCAUUGAUCACACAUUUCCUGCUAUCUACGAUGCUUUUGAAACUGGAAUGACACCUCGGCUUUCAAACGCUUUCGAAACUGGAAUGACACCUCGGCUUUCAAAUGGCUCGGAUUAUGACUAUAGAUCCUUUGGGUCAUUGUACUCAGGAAACAAAUCAAUAGAUGCAAGUUCACAGUAUAAUUUCUCAUCAACCUCACAAGAAAGUGGCAACACAUCAUGGUCGUCUUCACAGAACAUGGACGACAUGGAAUCUGAGAUGCGGAGGCUCAGACUAGAGCUCAAGCAAACAAUGGACAUGUAUAGCUCAGCCUGCAGAGAAGCACUAACAGCAAAACAGAAGGCCAGGGAACUUCAUCAUUGGAAAUUGGAAGAACAACAUAGAUCAGAAGGAGUGCGAUUAGCAGAGGAAGCUGCCUUGCAACUUGUAGCAAAGGAGAGAGCUAAGUGUAAAGCAGCCAUUGAGGCAGCUGAAUCAUCUCAAAGGAUCGCCGAAUUGGAAUUACAAAAAAGACUAAAUGCAGAAAUGAUAGCUCAAAAGGAAUUCCAGGAGAAGAAUAAGGCACUAGCAUCCAUUGCAAACAGUGAUCUUCGAUAUCGAAAAUACACGAUUGAGGAGAUUGAAGCAGCAACAGAUGAGUUUUCAAACUCACUCAAGAUUGGAGAAGGAGGUUAUGGGCCUGUUUACAGGUCCUAUCUGGAUCAUACACCAGUGGCCAUUAAAGUUUUACGUCCUGAUGCAGCUCAUGGAAGGUCACAGUUUCAGCAAGAGGUUGAAGUAUUAUCCUGCAUAAGGCAUCCAAACAUGGUUCUCCUCCUUGGAGCCUGCCCAGAGUAUGGCUGCUUAGUCUAUGAGUACAUGGCUAACGGAAGCUUGGAAGACUGCCUGUUCCACCGAGGAAACAAUCCACCUCUUUCUUGGCAAUUAAGAUUCCGGAUUGCUGCAGAAAUCGGCACUGGCCUUCUUUUCCUCCAUCAAACCAAGCCAGAACCACUUGUGCACCGCGACCUCAAACCUGGCAACAUUUUGCUUGAUCGCAACUAUGUCAGUAAGAUUAGUGAUGUUGGCUUGGCCAGGCUUGUCCCUCCAUCAAUAGCCAACACUGUUACUCAAUAUCGCAUGACAUCAACAGCUGGAACAUUCUGUUACAUUGACCCAGAAUAUCAGCAGACAGGAAUGCUAGGGAUAAAAUCCGAUAUUUACUCACUUGGUAUCCUGCUUCUACAAAUAAUAACAGCCAAGCCACCUAUGGGUUUAACUCAUCAUGUUGAGAGGGCCAUUGAGAAAGGAACUUUUGCAGAGAUGCUUGACCCAGCCGUUCUAGACUGGCCCAUUGAGGAAGCCAUGAACUUUGCCAAGUUAUCUCUUUGUUGUGCAGAACUGAGGCGGAAAGAUAGACCAGAUCUCGGAGCGGUCAUACUACCUGAGCUUAAGAGAUUGAGAGAACUUGCUGAGGAAAACAUGCCUAGCGUCAUGCCUGGGGGCAGCACAGGAAGCUCCCCUUAUCACAGCCAAUUUUCCUCAGUUCAAGAUGUGAUCACAGCGAGCUACAAUCUGGAUAUGAUAGCUCAAGAAGCCACCCAAGCACACCAUCUAGAGGAAGAAGAUGAAGGACGAUUGAAAAACACUUUGUUGUAGCGAAGAUAGAUGUAUUUGGCAUUCAACAUUACCUGAAGCUUGUUUUAAAUUCUUUUGUAGCUCUUGGAAAACCAAACUUGUUUUAAUGCUGGCAUGGUUUCUAGUUAAGAGAGUAUUCAACCCGGUAUAGCCAAAUCCAACAGCAUAUUCAGAUUUCUCGAGUA